AUUUUUUUGAAGGGCUGAAGAACUAGCGUCCACGCCAGAAAGGCGAGGAAGCACCAACUGUGAAGUUCUGACAUGCAGCUUUGUCUCCUUGCUUCAUUUUUCUUCCCUUUUUGAAGCACCUCUGAUCUCUGGCAUGGAGGAUCCAGGAUCUCAGUUUUCUGGCUGCUCCUGGCGAAGGUCAAAUGAUCAAAUGAAGCUCUUGGAGCAGGAGAAAGAAGUUGGACCCAAAAAUGAACCCAGCACUGCUGCAGACUCCGGUCCAGCUGCUGAGUGUCCCGGCAGGAGCCGGGAGUUGCCGAGCUCCGCUACCCGAUUCCCUCCACUGUGUUGACUCAGCAUCCGGGGCGGGGCGCAAUGCCCCUUAUAAGGCUGGCGGCUCUGGGGCCUUUAUUCGUCUGCGUCUGAGAUACUUCAUCGUCCACGCAGCUUUGAGUCCACACCUCUGUCUACGCAGCAGCUAUGCCACCGUACACCAUUGUGUACUUCCCAGUUCGAGGGCGCUGUGAGGCCACGCGCAUGCUGCUGGCUGACCAGGGCCAGAGCUGGAAGGAGGAGGUGGUUACCAUAGAUGUCUGGCUUCAAGGCUCGCUCAAGUCCACUUGUCUGUAUGGGCAGCUCCCCAAGUUUGAAGAUGGAGACCUCACCCUUUACCAAUCUAAUGCCAUCUUGAGGCACCUGGGUCGCUCUUUAGGGCUUUAUGGGAAAGACCAGAAGGAGGCUGCCUUGGUGGAUAUGGUGAAUGAUGGGGUGGAGGACCUUCGAUGCAAAUAUGGUACCCUCAUCUACACUAACUAUGAGAAUGGUAAGGAUGACUAUGUGAAGGCCCUGCCUGGGCAUCUGAAACCUUUUGAGACCCUGCUGUCCCAGAACCAGGGAGGCAAAGCUUUCAUUGUGGGUAACCAGAUUUCCUUUGCAGAUUACAACUUGCUGGACCUGCUGCUGGUCCACCAAGUCCUGGCCCCUGGCUGCCUGGACAACUUCCCCCUGCUCUCUGCCUAUGUGGCUCGCCUCAGUGCCCGCCCCAAGAUCAAGGCCUUUCUGUCCUCCCCUGACCAUUUGAACCGUCCCAUCAACGGCAAUGGUAAACAGUAGUGGACGAAGGGACAGGAACUCCUUGUCCCCCUUUUCCCAGACUAAUAAAGUUUGUAAGGCAGA